AUUUAAGCAUGGAAAAUGGAAAUGUUUUUCCACCACAAAGUUGGAAAUACCAUUAUUAUUAUCUUGGUUUUUGCAAAAAUGAAAAUCUUCUUCAUUUUCCUACUUUCACUUAUUUUGCUUGCAGGGCCAAGUGAUGGGAGAAAAGACCUACAUAAGUAUUGGGGAGACAUGAUGAAGGGGGAACCCAUGCCUGAAUCUCUUGAACAAUUCAUAAUUUCUAGGUCAUAUAAUAAAGAUCAAUACAAAGCAGAAAUAAUCAAAGAUUUCCUCAAAGAAUUUGAUCCAAUUCCUAAUAUUUCUGUUUACCAGAAUGAUGUCACCCCAAAUGAAGCUGUGAAAUCACAUAAACAUGCACAAUAUUUAAAAUCAGAGCAUGAUCAUGACGAUCAAUCAACAUCAAAGAAAGUAUUUGCAGAUGAAUUUGAACCAAUUCCAAAUAUUUCUGUCUACAAUCAAUAAUUUAAUUUGUUUAGGAUCAAUCUGAUCAUUUUAUGUUUGAGAUUGUGAUUGUUGUGGUGUGUUUAAUUUUUCUACUACCAAUGGCUAAUUGGGGUAUGUAACUGAUUUUUAGUGUACUAAGAUCAGUUACAAUAUACUCAUAUCUCUUGUUUAAAAAUAAAAUUUACUUAUUUUGGAAA